AUGGGGGAAUAUUUUAUCUUGAAGGAGAAGUUGAAGCUGGUGAAAGAGGCCUUGAGGAACUGGAAUAAGGAGGUGUUUGGUUUCAUAGAGGUGGAUAAGGCGGUUUCUUAUAUUAGUAAGCUUGAAGCUUUAAAGGAAGUUAUGAAGCAGAGUUUUAGAAGGAACGAGGUGGUGGGGUUAAUGACUCAAGAGGGAUGGACUGAAAAUGCGCAGGAAGUAAAUGAUGGGAUUAGAAAUCACUUUGAAGCAUCCUUUAAAGAGUCAAUUUUCUGGAGGCCAAAUUUGAAUGGGAUUGACUUAACUCAACUCUCUGUGGAGGAUAUCUUAUCCUUGGAAUUUCCUUAUGAGGAGGAGGAAGUGAAGGAUGUUGUUUGGCAAUGCAUUAAUGACAAAAGUCCAGGUCCUGAUGGGUUCAACAUGAAUUUUUUCAAGGCUUGUUGGGAUAUCCUCAAGGUUGAUAUCAUGAAUUUUGUUAGUCACUUUUUUUGCAGGUCUAAGGUGCCUAGAGCUGUCAUGACUUAUUUCCUUACCCUUAUUCCAAAAUCUAAGAUUCCAUAA